ACUAUUUCAGCCUAAAUUAUUUUAUUACUAAAAACCUGAAAUGUCUUUAUUGAUACGCACAGAUGUGACUGCAGUAAAGUUGUAUCAUAAAUAUAUACUGGCUGGAAUUGGUAGCUCCGUCUAUAUUUACUCAAAGGAUAACUACAGAUUGUUAACUAAUAUAAUAUGUUUAAAUGGACAAAAAAUAUAUGGACUUGUGCCUUACAAAAUCAGUAAUAAAAUACUUGUGUUCGGCGGCAAACAGUACAGUAUAUUGUCUCUGGAAUACUCAAAUGAUAAAGAUGAUUUGAAAAUUGUUCGUACUGUUGAGCCUAGAGUUUGCAUUGAUUGGUUACAUUCUGUUGCCUGGAUUACAGAUGAAUCCAUUGCUAUCUUGACAGCUCAUAAUACUGUACAGGUUUGGGAUGUUUGUAAAAACAGUUUAAUUUCACAACACUCGAGCAAUGAAAAUUCCAUUCUAUACAGUGGCCUUUUACUCUCUUUGCAAGAUGGCAUAUUGGUGUUAUCUGGGACUGUGUUUUCAGAAAUUAUCAUACACACUACUGCACUUGAAAAACCUCUACAUUACUUGAAAGGGCAUCGGGGGGUAAUAUUUUCCAUAUCUGUAAACUUGGAACAAGGAAUUAUUGUCACUACUUCUGAUGAUAGGUCUGUCAGGAUAUGGGGUAUGUAUUUGAGAACAUCCUCAUCCAGUAUGGCAGUAGAUACAGUUAAUUACUGGCGAAGUAUCAGUAUAAAAUGUAAACAUGAAUUAUAUGGGCAUGCAGCUAGAGUUAUGAGAAGUUGUAUUACUAAUAGAACAAUAAUAUCUGUGGGAGAGGAUUCUGCCAUCUGUUAUUGGAAUUAUGUAGGAAAAUUAAUGAAAAAAGUUAUGAGUCAUCAAAAUGGAUGUAUUUGGUCCAUAGAUGCUGAUGAAUCUCAUGUGGCUACUGGUGGGGGUGAUGGCGCUGUGAUUAUUCAUCCACUUACAAAGGCUUUCUAUAAUGGUCAUAAUGAAUCUUUCAACUUUAACGUAACUCCAAAGAAAAUUGCUUUUACUGCUAGAAAAAACCUCGUGAUUUUAGAUGACAAUGAUAAUCUAGUUCAUUUUAAUAUAAAUGACAAUACUCAAACGACAUUCAAACUAAAACAUGAAUCAACAUACAAAUUGUUUAGCAUAUCUAGCUGUAAACAAUUAGUAGCAGUUGGCGAUAAGAAUGGGCGACUUAAUGUUUUUGCCGAAAAUUGCAAAGAUGUAGCAAAUCUUACCAAUGUAAUAGACUCUAAGUUAGAUCUAGGCAAUAUAUUAUCUAUGCAUUGGGCUGGAAAUAGACAUCUAGUUUUUUGUGGAGAAAAGGGUGUUAUCACAGUAAUAAGUUCCCAAAACAAUGAUGUAGAGACUUCUGCUGUCUUUGUACUUCCAUCAUGCAAAGAAAGGUGGCUUACUUCUGCAGCAAUGGAUCCAACUAAUAGAUGCAUAGUGGUAGGGGACAGAUGUGGAAAUGUUCAUGUUUAUUUUAUAGGAAUCAAAAAUCCGUAUAAAUCAUUCAGUAAAGUUCACGGAAGGUAUGGACCCACGUCUAUUACAAUAAAAGACCAUGAUUUUAUAACAACAGGUCGUGAUGGAACUAUUAAAUACUUUUUCAUUAACAAAGAUAAUAAAUCUUUAACUAAAUUCAUGAAUAAUAAAGAUUUAGAAUUCCAAUGGGUUGAAAAAUUUAUAGACAAAGACGAAAAUCUUGUGUGUGGAUUUCAAGAGAGAACUUUUAUUAUUUAUGAUAUUAAGAAUCAUAAUAGACUCCUAGAAGUUAUAUGUGGUGGUGGGCACAGAUCCUGGGAUGUGGUCAGAUACGUAGAUGGAGCUGGUAAUGAUUACAAAGAGUAUAUAAAACUUGUUUAUAUAAAAAAUACUGAUAUUCACUCUAGGCUAUUCCAAAUGAGCAAAAUAUCGUCACAAAAUAUAACUAACAGUUCGCAUUCAAAAGAAAUAAAUUGUCUGAAGACUUUUAAAAGUGAGGUAGAUCCACUAGUGACUUUUUAUGUGACUGGUGGUGAAGACACGACGUUAAGAAUAUCCACCAUUAACGCAAACCUUGAGUUUCAAGAUGAAGUAGUAUACAAACAUUUGUCUAAUGUAAGAACAUUGAAAUUAACAGAAUUUCGUAAUGGCAUACUUGUUACAUCUGCUGGGGGUAGAGCUCAAAUUUGCUUGAGACUGAUAAACAUUAUACGAAAAGAUAAUCAUUUAAAAGUACUGUCUGAAGAAAUGGUAGACUUUAUGACCAAAGGAACAGACAAACAGAGAAAAAACAACCAAACUUGGAGAAACAGUACUGUUGAUUUUGAUCCUGAAACCAGGAUCAUGGAUCUCGAUGUGAUCAAACCAGACGAUGACAAAAUUGUAAUAUUUGCUGGCUGCUCAGAUUCUUACUUGAGAAUAUUUGUUUUUAUCGAAGAAACAUUUGCACUUAUUGAGGAAUUGAAACAUCAUCAAACAUGCAUUUUAAGAACAGUUUGUGUAAAAUUUUCUGAGAGGGACAUUCUCAUAACGUGCACAACUAUAGGAGAGGUUGCAUUAUGGGAUGUAUCAUUAAAAUUUGGUAGAGAAAUCGCACCAUUCUUCAGUACGCGAACUAAUAAAUCUGGAAUAAACAGUAUCGAUACAAGAGUUUUAUCUGAUACCGAGCUCCUGGUUGCUACUGGAGGCGAUGACAAUGCUGUAAUAUUAUCAUUAAUCGAAGUGCCUUCUUUUAAUGAUACGCAUGUUAAGUAUUCUAUAUGUAUGGAUAAGUACCAUUGUUCGCAAAUAACGGGAGUGUUGUUUGUCAAAGAGUUUUUAUUAACAACCUCCAUAGAUCAAAGGGUGACAUUACUAAGAUGGUCUGUUGAUGAUCAUGGGAUUUCGUGCGAAUUUCUGACGCAACUAUUCAGUGACAUAGCUGAUGUGCAAGGACUGAAUGUUAUAGAUACUAAUAUGGAUUCCAUCACGGUGUGCGUUUAUGGGAACGGCAUGGAGUUGUUGAGGGUUCCAUUACCGGAUCCUCAUUAACGAUAACAUAAUUAGAUCACUCGACGAGCGCAGACGCUGUCGCUAAGCCGCCACUGGUAGAUGGAGGUGUGUGUGGAGGCGGUGACGUCACCCGUGCGUCUGGGCGAG